UCAUCCCAGGUGGGUCACCAAACGCCCCCUCAAAGGCUUCCAUGCUGGCCGAUUGAUAAGCAUCCCCGUUCUCAAAGGCUGCUCAUGCCGUCUCCGUGCUCUCCCUUCUCCUCCUACUCCAUCGUGCGCUCCGCCGCUCGCCCGACUCGACUUACUUUCGGAAAAAAACAAGAAUCAAGGUGUUCCAGCAUAUUUAGGGGGGAUUUUACUCCUAGGUGCAUCGGGUCAAUGGAGAGGGUAGCAUUAUCAUCAUCUUUUGGGAGAAAGCAAGCAACGAACGGCAUCUGCAUCGUCUCCAGCUUCUCAACCGAGCUGCUCGAGCUGCAUUCUGAAGAUCCCUCAUUGCAUAUUCUUGUUAUCCCCGGGAAUCCAGGUAUUGUGUCAUAUUACAAAGACUUUGCUGAAGCAUUAUAUGAACUGCUUGAAGGGCAGGCAUCUAUAACAGCAAUCGGGCACAUUUCCCAUUCUAGAAAGGAUUGGGAGAAUGGAAGGAUGUUCUCAUUGCAAGAACAAAUCAAUCAUAAGGUGGAUUUUAUCGAACAAGAGCUCCAGAAUAGUGAACUUCCAAUAGUUCUGGUUGGACAUUCUAUUGGUUCAUAUAUAAGCCUGGAAAUAUUCAAGAAGCUUCCACAGCAGGUGAAAUGUGUUAUCGGACUUUAUCCAUUUUUGUCUUUAAACAGGAAUUCUAGAAAGCAGUCCAUGAUUGGGAUGAUUGCAGGGUCCUCCAUUCUAAGUGCUGCCAUAAGUUCUUUUACAGGGUUUCUGGGGUCAUUUCCAAUGAGUGUUACAAAUGCUAUUGUGAGAAGAUCACUUGGGCAGUCAUGGUCUGCUACAGCAGUUGAUGUUACUUGCAGUCAUCUUAUACAGUACCAUACAAUGCGCAAUGUCCUCUUCAUGGCUAUGACAGAGUUCAAAAAGCUUGCAGAAGAGCCAGACUGGGAAUUCAUGAAAAAAAAACAAAACCAAAUUGCACUUUUGUUUGGCAUUGAUGACCACUGGGGUCCAUUAUCACUCUUUGAAGAGGUUUCAAGGCAGGUGCCAGGUAUUGCUUUGUCAAUCGAAAGAGAGGGCCACACACAUUCCUAUUGCUGCACCGAGGCGGGAUCAGCAUGGGUUGCCCGCCAUGUAGCAGACUUGAUCAAAAAUCAAAUUUCAAAUUAAAAUGAGGCAGCAGUACAAGUGAUAAUGAAACUCUUCAUGUGAAUCUUUCAACGGAAGCAGGUUAUUUUGGACUGAUCAUAGGACAAAAUCUUUGGGUGGAAUAUAUAAUCCUUCCAUAGGACAAACUAGACUGCUAAAGGAUGAAUUAAAUCUUUUGGCUUAGCAUUACACUUUUCUUAGAAACGUGGCAAGCUAAUUUGACUGGUCAUGGUCAAUGGUCUACUCCUUAGUUACUGAAAUGAUACUGCCUGGGAUAUGUUUAGUAACAGACUCACUUGGGAGUCUUGCCAGUUGCCACUUCGUUAUGAAACUUCAGUCUUUAAUGUUUCACUCAUAAUUUCAGAUGCUUGUAUCUGAUGGUUUCGGUCGUUCUAUAAAAAGCCUGGCAGAUAACAGCAUGUACAAGUCCUAUUGAG